AUAAUCUUUUGCAUUCUUGUUGUGUGUGGUUCAGGUUCAGGUUCAGGGGCAUCUCUCCUCUUUUCUUUCCCUUGCCGCCAUUAGCCCAAGCAGCUAUCUGGAUUCUGGAGAGUUGUUCUCUGGUACUAGUUCUCUAGCGCACGAACAACAUCCGCGACGAAGCGCAUCCAUGGCAGUGGCACCGACGAGAGCGGAGGCACUGUCCCUCUUCCGGUCCCUCCUCCGCACGGCAAGGCAGUUCUCUGACUACAACAUCCGCGAGUACACGCGCCGCCGCGCCGCGGACGCCUUCCGUGAGAACCGUGCCCUCGGCGACACGGCUGCCGCGGCGGCAGCAUUCGCGGACGGGAAGAAGCAGCUGGAGGUGGCAAAGCGGCAGGCGGUGGUGUACUCUCUGUACGCCCCAAAGGCCAAGAGCAUCAUGGAGAUGAAGUUGCAGUGAUCGACGCGAGAGGUUCGAGGAAAAUUGGUGCAAUCAAAGCUGAGAUGUUAUCAUGUUUGCUGGAUAAUUGCCAUGACAUGGUUGCUAUGAGUUGAAUAAAUCAGUCAAUUCCACGAUUUUGGUCUCUUGUGUUCAACAUACCAUUACCUGUUAACUGUGGUUGGAUUGGUGCCGAUUGCAGCACUUCGACCAGGGCUCCUCGUUGCUGCUGGGGUCCCUCGUCCUGUUGCCGGCUUGCAGCCACCAGUCACCGUUGCUGGUGGUGGUGCCUUGUACCUGCUGCUCUCCGUCCUGAUGGCCAUGGCCUUCGUCCCACUGGACGAGCUAAGAGAUCUAGUGCAUCUGUUCUGAAUUUUUCAGGACGGUUCAUGUGUCCUGUAUUGUUCUAUGCUAUGUGUUCCCAUUUUUGUUUUUGUUGUAUGCUAUGACAUUGUUGCUGCUCUGAUCUUUUUUUUUUUCUGAAAUAAUGAAGAUAAGCUUGCUAGUAUUUGCUUUUUGGGCUAUCGAUGUGGUCUUAAUUGUUGCUGGUCCUAAUCCUUGUGGUUUUGUGUUUCUUAUUCAUGUACUGGGCAUAAUUAUAUAUAUUUGUCUCAACUUUUUUUUUUCAGAAAUAAAAUUUGUACAGAUAA